CUGUCACUGGAGUGAGGCGCUGACACCUUUAAUUUCCUUUUAUGCCAGCCGUAAACCCCAUCCCUUGCUCAUCCCCCCCUCCAAAUGGCACGGCCCGCGGGAUGCUCCACCUUCCAGGCGCUUCGAGAGCCGGACUUGGGGGGUUCGGCGGUGGCGACCCUAGUAUCUGACUACCAGGCGGGGGGGAUCCCCACCCCUCUUCGUCCAGACUACCCUUGGCAUCUCUUGCUCCGCCCGAUUCAGUGCGCACGAACCCCAGCAGCGGCGGCCGGCACGGUGCACGGAGAGCGCGCAUGCAAGGGCACUUGGUACGGUCCACUCCACCGCGCCCCGCGCUGCCGGAAGUGAGGUGUCUUACCCCCGAAGUUCCGGUUCGCAGGGGGUGGGGAGUGUCGUUAACCGAAGCGGCUGCCGCAGUCGCGGGGAUUGAGCGGGCUCGCGGCGCUGGGCUCCUGGUCUCCGGGGCAGGGCGAUGUUCCGCACCGCAGUGAUGAUGGCGGCCAGCCUGGCGCUGACCGGAGCCGUGGUGGCUCAUGCCUACUACCUCAAACACCAGUUCUAUCCCACUGUGGUGUACUUGACCAAGUCCAGCCCCAGCAUGGCAGUGCUGUACAUCCAGGCCUUUGUCCUUGUCUUCCUCUUGGGCAAGGUGAUGGGCAAGGUGUUCUUUGGGCAGCUGAGGGCAGCAGAGAUGGAGCACCUUCUGGAACGGUCCUGGUACGCUGUCACCGAGACUUGUUUGGCCUUCACUGUUUUCCGAGAUGACUUCAGCCCUCGCUUCGUUGCGCUCUUUACGCUCCUUCUCUUCCUCAAGUGUUUCCACUGGCUGGCUGAGGACCGGGUGGACUUUAUGGAACGCAGCCCCAAUAUCUCCUGGCUCUUUCACUGCCGCAUCGUCUCCCUCAUGUUCCUCCUGGGUAUCCUGGACUUCCUCUUCGUCAGCCAUGCUUAUCACAGCAUCCUGACCCGAGGGGCCUCUGUGCAGCUGGUGUUUGGCUUUGAGUACGCCAUUCUGAUGACCAUGGUACUCACCAUCUUCAUCAAGUAUGUGCUGCACUCCAUGGACCUCCAAAGCGAGAACCCUUGGGACAAUAAAGCUGUCUACAUGCUCUACACGGAGCUGUUUACAGGCUUCAUCAAGGUCCUGCUGUACAUGGCCUUCAUGACCAUCAUGAUCAAGGUGCACACCUUCCCACUCUUUGCCAUCCGGCCCAUGUACCUGGCUAUGAGGCAGUUUAAGAAAGCUGUUACAGACGCCAUUAUGUCUCGCCGUGCCAUCCGCAACAUGAACACGCUGUACCCAGAUGCCACCCCUGAGGAGCUCCAGGCAAUGGACAAUGUCUGCAUCAUCUGCCGAGAGGAGAUGGUGACUGGUGCCAAGAGACUGCCCUGCAACCACAUCUUCCAUACCAGCUGCCUGCGCUCCUGGUUCCAGCGGCAGCAGACCUGCCCUACCUGCCGUAUGGAUGUCCUGCGGGCAUCGUUGCCAGCCCAGUCACCACCACCCCCUGAGCCUGCUGACCAAGGGCCACCCCCUGCCCCCCACCCCCCCCCACUGCUGCCUCAGCCCCCCAACUUCCCCCAGGGCCUCCUGCCUCCUUUUCCUCCAGGCAUGUUCCCGCUGUGGCCCCCUAUGGGCCCCUUUCCACCUGUCCCUCCUCCCCCAAGCUCAGGAGAGGCUGCAGCUCCUCCCACCAGUGCAGCCCUUUCUCGGCCCAGUGGAGCAGCCACCACCACAGCCGCUGGCUCCAGGACCUCUACUACAUCUGGCUCUGCCCCUGGCCCAGAGGCUGGCCCCGCUCCUGGCUUCCCCUUCCCUCCUCCUUGGAUGGGUAUGCCCCUGCCUCCACCUUUUGCCUUCCCCCCGAUGCCUGUGCCCCCCGUGGGCUUUGCUGGCCUGACCCCAGAGGAGCUGCGGGCACUGGAGGGCCAUGAGCGGCAGCACCUGGAGGCCCGGCUGCAGAGCCUGCGCAACAUCCACACAUUGCUGGACGCCGCCAUGCUGCAGAUCAACCAGUACCUCACUGUGCUGGCCUCCUUGGGGCCCCCCAGGCCAGCUCCUUCAGUCAACCCCACUGAAGAGACUGCCUCUACAGUGGUUGCUGCUGCCCCCUCCACCACUGUCCCCAGCUCUGAGGCCACCACCCCAUCCCCAGCAGCCUCCUCACCAACCCCUGAAACUGAAAAGCCUCCAGCUCCUGAGUCCAUGGGCGCUGCAGAGGAACUGCCUGACGAUGGAGAGCCUGACGCUGCAGAACUCCGCCGGCGCCGCCUGCAGAAGCUGGAGUCCCCUGUUGCCCACUGACACUGCCAGACUUGGCCCUGGCCCGGCUCUCCUGAGCAGCCCUCACUGGAAUACGUUCUGCCACCAAGUGCCAGCUCUCUCUGUCUGCACAGAGAGUUGUAACCCCAGCUAAGAAGUGGCAGCAUCCCCGAGGCCGAGUGCCACGUGGCUGGUUCCCAGCUGAUGGUCCUUAGAGCCCUGGGAAGCCAUGGGAUGUUGGUCAGUUCUAGCCUUCCUCCACCUCUUCCUGCCGUGUUGUGCUGGGGCCUUAGUAGAGGUUGAGCCUCUGAGAAGCCCCCUUCCCCAUGGCUUCUUGGCGAAGGGCAGCCCCUCAGAGCCUACUUGUGAGCUCGGGGCCACGCUGCAGUGCCGAACAGUAUUAGUUUCUGUUCCUGAGUAUGGACCCUAGAGGGGCUGGAGACAGACUAGGACCUUGCCCCAGCCCUCCUGCCAAGACUGGUACCAAUUUCUUUGUCUUAUCCUCAUCUCCCCAGAAGCCCCUUUGUGGUGGUGGCUGUGCCCCCUAAGCCCUGUGGCAUUUCCAUGUCUUACAACCACACAACUCAGGGAAAGGAGUGCCUGGGGGUGGGGGGCAGGCGGGCAGCACUGAGGGACCCUGCUGCGCCCCUCCCCAGGUCCUUUCCCCUGCAGCUUCUCUGCUGUGACCCACCCAGCAGCCACUGCCUGGCAGGCCCAUCCAAGGGCUGGUGUGCUGCUCCUUAACCACUGUUCCCCAGAAUCUAAGGCAGGCCACUCUAAUCUCGGGACAUGAGUUCAGGAUUGGAACUACUUCUGUACCUAGUGGCUUUUGGCUUAAAUCUUGUCUUUUGAAUUUGAAUGCUUGACCCCAGGAAGGAGCAGGUAUAGGGCUAGGCUCCUAGUCUUUCCAGUUUAGAAGAGGCUCGGCCAGGCAGGGUCCAGAGAAACCGAGGCCUAGCCGCUUAUCUUUCUUCCUCUUGGUUUUGUGUUACAAGAGUUGCUGGAGACAGUUUCAGAUGAUUAUUUAAUUUGUAAAUAUUGUACAAAUUUUAAUAGCUUAAAUUGUAUAUACAGCCAAAUAAAACCUUGCAUUAAC